GGUGAGCAGCUUUCCUCCACCAUGAUCUUUGGCCAUGAUGUUCUGCUUCAUGUUGGACCCACAGUAAUGGAGGCAAUUGUCUGUGGACUGAGACCUCUGAAACUGUGGGCCAAAAUAUAUGUUCCCUUCUCUAAGUUGUUCUUGUCAGGUAAUUUGGUCACAGUGACAAAAAUCUGACUAACAUAUUCAUACAGACUCCUGAUCACUUAUGAGCACCAGCUACCUACCAGUUUCUGUGAUAGAGACUACAAAUAAAAAAUAGCAAAUACAUUUGAGUAAUAUUUAUAUUUUUUAAAAAAAACUUGCUUUUCCAAUGAUAUGACCGUUAAACAUGCCUGAUGGCUGAUGCAAAUCUAGAGAGAGAUUAUUCACAGUAUUGAGAUGAUGGAUUUUAUUCAGUUCUAUUGAGUGGCUUUAUUAGUAACUUACAGAGCCUUUUGUUUCCCAGGGUGGCCAUUUGAGUCCAUUUCUAAAUACGGUGUAAAAGUUCAGUAGAGUACAGAAUGUAGUUCAGUCAUGGAGCAGUAUAUAGCCUCAGAAAAUGAGCUUCAAACUUCCUAACCCAGAUAAAACUUGUCUUAAUGUUGCCCUUCCAUGUUCUUCUCAUAGUUAAAAGCAUGAAACUAAAUCCUAUUUGAACUUUAUGGGAGCCUUUUUAGAAUUACAGCUUUACACAUUUUUUUCCUGAGGAAAAAAAUCAUUAAACUUUCCUUUCAUUUUAGGUUAUUCAAUUUGCAGAGAGGCACACAUGAUAAUGAAUACAUAAAUCUUCUCAAUUGUGAUAACAUCUGAGUAAUGAAUUCUUGGUUUUAUAGUCUUUGGUCUCUCACCAAUUUCUUUUAAACUCCAAAAUAAAUCCAUUUGAAGGUCUGAUCCCCAUCAUUUCAUUAUAUGGAAAAUUCGAUGUUAGUUUUAGCUGAAGUUUGGUUUUGAGGUGAUCUUUGAGUUUACUAUCAGUAGAUUAAAGUUUUAGAGAGAUGUCUUUUGUUUCAACAUAAAAUUGAAUCUCUACAUUUAAGAGCUACCUUGUGGGUAAUAAGCUCCAAACAUGAGAGACAUUCAAGCACACUCUGAGGUCGUGGGCCUGGCAUCUGGUUGGAAUGAGAGGAGAGACAUUACACAAAAUUACCCUUUGGCUUCCUACCAACCUUGGGAUUGCAUGUUUUGAUUAAACCAUGACUUCUCCAGUCCACAGAUGGAUUCUUUUCCUGAAAAGAGCUUCUUGCAAUGUCUUCUGGGGUCAAAUCCCAAAAUGUAAAAUGGCUUUCUCAAUAAAUGAACAUGUUUUUAAAGUACCAAUUAGAUCUAAAUUUGGUCUAAAUCUGAAUAACUUGCCAUUGGUCUCUUCUUACAGUGCUGCUGCAGCCCAGCAACAUCAAAUUGUUAAUAACAGUAAUUACUAAUAUUAUCAAAAAAUAAUAAUAUUGCAAUAUCAUCAAUAAUUGCUCUUAUGUAGCUAACAUCUAUUGACUAUUGUUUGGCAAAUUCUGGGUUAAUGCUUUUGGACUAAUGAUAAUCCUGUCAGGUGGUAUGGCUCUUAUUUUUUAACGGAUAAGAAACCAGAGGUAGGGAGAUUACGUAAGUCAGGAGGCCACAACCAGGAUGUGAAGCCAGUGAGUACACCAACCCCAGAGAAUAAAGUUAUAGCCAUUAGCCUGUAUGAAAUGACAAUUAUUUAGACGUUUCUGACUCUUGAUAUUUAGUCAUCUGAAUUAUUUGGGACUAUCACAUGGUGGGGGGAGGAAGAACGUCUCCCAGAGGUUCUUAGUGGCAAGUGAUUCCUAUUAUUAAAAAAACAGAUGGACAAGAAGAAAACAAACAAAAAUUAACACAUAUAUUUCAUAUAUACAUGGGAGACACCUAAUGAACAAGUAAUUUUCAAGAGAGUAGCUUUGAACUCCAGGUUCUAUAGCAUCUUCACCAAAGAACAGUAAAUUUGUAGACUUUGAGUCUCUUCAGGCACACAAAGCAAUGUGGGGAAGACAAAUAAGUAUAGAUAAAGGCUAGUUAUUAGAGCUAGUUAAUAUACAACCUUCUGGUACCAUCUCCAGGUGAAUAGGGGUCCAAAGCUGCCAUCUUUGGUCACUUUUAUUCUCCAUGGUAGAAAGAAGGGGGGAGGCAAAAUAUCUUUUGUCUACUGAUAUAUAUAUAUAUCCUACUUUAGGCAUACACAGGACAGAGAACUUUCUUGCAUCAAUUUCUUCCACUCAGCACACCUUCAUAUUCGGGGGUAACACAUUCUGGUCCCCACAAUCAUAUAUACCAUAGUUUAAGUAUGUUACUAAAUUUAAAAUAUUAUUAAAUUUCAACACUGGGAAGUGGUUAAGUAAUUUAUAGUACACAUCAAUUCAGUGAAGAAUUGAACUUACAUGAGCUAUUAACACAUGGUAAAAUGUGUGCAGCUACAGCAAAUGAAAUAGUAAAGUGCAAAAAUUUUAGAUGUAGUGUGAUCUCAACUUAGUUUUUAAAAAGUUUUGUAGAAAAAUUCCUACAGUGGGGCAUGAUAGCACAUACCUGUAAUCCAGAAACUUGGGAGGCUGAGCAAGAGGACUGCCAGUUCCAGGUCAGCCUCAGCAAAUUUAGGCCCUGUCUCAAAAUAAAAAGGGCUGGGAUAUAGCUCAUUGGCACCCCUGGCUUCAAUCACCAGUACAAAAAGAAAGAAAAAAAAGGAAAUAAAAGGAAAGGAAAAUGGAAAUUCCUAGAAGGAAAUGAUUAAAAUCUUGGAUAGUAAUUGAUCUUUAGUAGUAAUGUUUAUUAAUUAUUUUGUUCUAUUUUUUAAGUCUUUCUGAUCCCUCCCAGUAAACUCAUAGUAUUUCUACAAUUGACAAGCAUAGUUUUACUUUUUUUUUUGUUUUUCUAUAAAGUAAUUUAAUUUUCUUGUUCAAGUUGCCUCAUUUCUCACCUGAUACCUGAUAUCUGAUAUAUAAGAUAUCAUGUGCUCUCUUCUUAAAAGAAGAUAAUUUGAAUGCUCCUACAUUCAUUUAGCAUAAAACGAAUCUGUAUACAAAUGGGCAACUCAGCAUCAUGGCAAAACAUGCAAUUAUGAAGGCACACAAAGGCUGACAAUAUAACCUUGCCUGAAAUAAAGGAUAAAGGCCUGGAUGCACCCCACUGAAUUGACUACUGCUGGCUUCCUGUUUAUCAGGAGCCCUUAAAACUCUGAUCCUAUAUUUUUCAGUUCACAGGAGUUGAUGAAGACUGUUGGGUAUAGUUUGGAGGACUUUAUGUAAAAUGAUGUGAUACAUUGUGGCACCUUCUCCACAGGUGUACUGUCUCCAGACCCCAGAGUAUAAAUGCCUCAUUUUAGGAGCUGAGGAAAAGUAGUAAUCCCUAUGAGGAGCUAUAAUUAACUUUUGUAGUCUUGGGGGUUUUGUUUUUUUUGUUUUUUUGUUUUUUUUCAGAAUUGGCUUGUCCCACACAAUUUAUUAUGGUUUAAAAUGUGUGUGUGUGUGUGUGUGUGUGUGAACUUUACUUUUUGUUUUAAUUCAAAAGUCCUUUGGAUUUGAAUGAAACAUUUCCAAAUUUAAACAUUGUACUUAGAAUCUUUUACAGAAUAAUUUAUGAUACUCUCCUUUAAUGACAAUGAUUGUCAAAUCAUCAGGAGAAUUUAAGUUUUCUAAUUUGGCUUGUGAAGCAGUUGAUUCACAAGAAAAAUAUGCUUUACAGACUUACACACAUCUCUUCUGGGUGGAACUAUUCCUGACCCCUUGUUGUCUAAAAUAAUUUAUAAGAGAUCUUCAUAGAUGAGUACUCCAGAAAUUAUCUACCUGGAAGUAACAGAGGUUUAAAAUCUGUGUUUAUUGCGUAUGUUGUAGAAGGCAAGAAGAAACAAGCCAACCAUAUUCUACUGAUCUUAAUUUAUUCCUGGACAGGGCAACUAUAGUACUAUUUUGCAAACAUGGGCAUAAGGGCUAUGAAGUCCCUGUUCAGUUUUAAGUUAAAGUGUAAGAACCAGUGGGUUCUAUGAUCUGAACCCAUUUCAUGGAGGAGGACCCUGCAAUUCAAAUCUAAACUCAAGGAGCUGUUUUCAUGACAUUGCUGAAAGUAGGGUAGGACCUUGCCUCAGAGCCAUUCAUAUGUGUUCAGGGGCUAUGAUGAGUCCUUCAUGAUUUUUUGAAACGAGGCCAUAAGAAAUGUUAUCCUGGGUCCUACUAGUGGUACCUUGAGCCAAAUAAGGUUCCAAAAUAUUACAGAGUACCUUGAAAAAUGCUGGAAUAAGCAGUACACAAGGGGUGCUAUGGAAAUAGUGAGGUGGUCAUUCACUCAGGCCAUGAAGUUCAGAAGUACUUCCAGAGCCAGCAGUGUUGGAAAGUAUUUUAGAAGAAUUAAUGGAGUGAGUAGGCAAAGAAGAAAGAGCUGUCUAUGCAAAAAGUCACCAUCUUUCCCAAAGGAGGUUUAGGAGAGCAAAAUUGUCAAGAGAGUUUUGCGCUUCCCCAAUAAUAUGGGCUUGGUGCUGUAGUGGAAGGGAGGUCAGCAAAGAAUUUUAACAAAGGAGAGACGAGAUCAGAUGUGCCUUUUUGGAAAAAUUCCCUGGCUGCUGUUGUGGCAAAUGCCUUGAAGAAAGGUGGCUUAUGAAGGAGGUAACAAUUUGGAGAGAGUCUGCAUUCCUGCUGUGGCAGAGGCAACAAGUAGGAAAAUACAGUCAGAGAAGCAUUUUGGUAAAGUUUGGUGCCCGAUUAACUGUGGAAUUGAGGCUGAAGUUUCUAAUUUAGAUCUUUAGAACUGGGAUACCAUUAACCAAAGAUGUUAUGCUCUCUUAAAAUCCAUGAAUUUGUCUGAAACCUUCUCAAAUUUAUAGUAUGGCUUUAGCUAUGUAAUAGCUUUGUAGCAUCUGAUAUUUGGAUUAAAUUUUUAACUUUACAGAGUAUUUUCUUUUGCUCGAGCUCAUUAAACACACAAUUGGAAAGAUAAGAAUAAGUAAUUUGCCUAAAAUCACCAGCUGGAUUUGGCCCAGGUGGGACUUGAAACAAAUCUCUAUACUCCGCAAUCUUAGGCUUUAAAUCAAAUCACAAAUCCAAUAGUUUUAUGCUUGAUGCCUGAUACUUCUUCUUUUUUUUUUUUUCUUUUUGGUAAGAAAGAUAGAACUGGAAGGACUUUGGACUCAAAAAGGAAGCAGGGAGUUUUAGAAAUGCCACAAAUAAAUCAUGAGCACUUCUGAGAAGGUAGAAGCAGCCAGCAGGGGAACAAAGGAGAGCAAGGUGACAUGGAUAGUUCAGACCUUCUGGAUGUCAGCGUUGGCACCACUCACAGUCCAAAGGCAUGCAGUUUCCACUGAGAUUCUCUCAGAUCUCAUCCAUGCAUACCAUGUUAACCCUGGGUGCUGGAGAUUGGAGUGUGGAGAGAAAUCAGCUUAUGGUGGCUCUGAAUGACAAUCACAGUGUCAUGGCAGAAGAGGUAUUUCCAAACAGUAUUCAGGGGGUUCCCUGAGAGAAGGGGGAUCUCCACUCAUGACCAACAGAGUUCUGAGAUUAUGUGACUGAAAAGAAAUUCAGCAUGUGCCAAUCAGAGGCUUAGAGGUCUAUUUAGGAAAGUAGAAAUAUAUUCAAGAAAGAAUGAGGGCUGGGAUUGUGGCUCAGUGGUAGAACACUUGUCUAGCAUGUGCGAGGUACUGGGUUCGAUUCUCAGCACUGCAUAUAAAUAAGUAAAUAAAAUAAAGGUUCAUGAACAACUAAUAAAAAUAUAAGAAAGGAAGAAAGAAAGAGGGCAAUCUCAAGAGGGAAAUGCCUUGGGAGUAAAGCAAGGAACAUGCAUUCAAGGGAGGAUGAGAGCCAUCUCAAGAGUGAGAGACAUGGUUUUAGGGUGCCCAGCUUUUUAAAAAAAAAAAAAAAAAGAAACUUGGUAGGGGUGGGUAUGUGAAGGAAUGUAAGAAUGGUAUCAUUCUGGUGAUCUCAAAAUGGUUUAUAAAGGUCUGGUCAGUCUUAGGAUCCCCAGGCUGAUAUGGUUUUCAUUACCUGAUCCACAGAUAGCACUAUAUUUUAUUUCACCAUUUAAUCUGUUUAUUGGGUGGUUGAUUAACAGUGCACAGGUAGAUUUACAGAUUUCCCAGGAAUUGGGAUAUAACAGACCUGAAAGAGAGACUGGUUUAGGGAGUUAUAGACCUGGAAAAGUACGUGAAACUUCAGAAUUAAAGUCUGAUUUUCUUGUCCUUCUUUAAUGUCACCUUUUAACUAAUUUUGUUGUUGUUCCUUCCAUCCCACCUCAACAGCUGUCCUUAUGUAGGACAGUCUCCAGAACCCUAAGUCCCUCAUCUGUUGAUAGGGUCCUAUAUGGCUUGUUAAUCAGCAUCACCCUCAAAAUCUGUCCCCAAGCAGUGUUAACCAGAUGGAUUUGUUGGUCAUCUUGUGUAAGAUACUCUCUGCAAAGGCUAGGAAAAUGAAAAUAAUCCUGUUCAGUUUGAAAGUGGUAGUCACUGCUCCCAUGUGGUUAACACAACACAGAAUCUCAACCUCAAUGGGCAGAGGAAAUGGUAAGUCUUGGUUCCUGCAAACCUGAAGUUCUCUACUAAAAGUAGUAGAUUCACUUUGCCAUUGUGGGAGAGUCUUUUAUCCAUGUUGGUGACAAGAAAGAGACAAGACUUAGAUGAGAUAGACAUCUGUGGUCAGGAAGAUUUUUCAUCUACAGGGGUCCUUGCUGUUGCUAGGAGCAGAAAGGGACAGUGGUUUCAAGAUGCCUGAAGAGAAAGAUUUUCUGAUAAAACUGCUCAUUGCACUAUCAUUAAGGCAGAUCUGGAGUUUCCAAUAACUGACUUGGCCUAGAGAUCAACUACAACUUGAGGAUAUUUGACUUGGCAAUAGUAACCAAAUACCUAACAGAAAGAGAGAGCAAGCCAGAUGAUCUAUAGAUCCAUAAUUUAAAGGCCUCAUCCUUCUGGGGGUUUGAUUGAUGAUCUGCUUCCCUGCCUAGCUCAGGGACACAGGAGAUUACAACAUGCUUUCCUGUCAUCUAGAACUAUGAUUAGCAGAUUCAGUAACUGUAAAAUAAAUUAACUGAGUAUUGCUUUGAAGGAAAAAAACAUUAUUUUUUACUUUUUUUUCUGAGUAUUUUUGUGUGCUAAGGACAUUCAUGUGGAAAAUUGCAAUCCUAUACCCAUAGCAUGGUUUACACAGACCUUGUGUAGUUUCACCACCCAGCCUAAAACCCUGGAGACCCACACAGCUUUCAGUCCCAUCAAGGUCAGCCAUUCACUCAAGACCAGUUAGAAAUGUUAGUGACAAUCCUAUUCUAUCCCUGAAAACCUCCUUAAAAAUUCUUUAAAUUUCCAAACAAUUGAGCAAAUUCAUCCCCUCAGUUUUGUUUUCUUAAUGAUAAUUUGUUUCUGAUGAGUACAUUUACAACUAAUAUCAUCAAAAGCUUGGUCCUUAUCCCUGAUGCCAAUCCAAUAAUGAGGACACAGUUUUGAGAAAACGAUAAAAGAAGUGUUAUUGCUUUGGUAGCAAAAGAGAAAUACAGGGGACUCCUGUCCCAGAGUCUGUGACUCUGCCAAUCCUGAGGAACAGGGAUUUUUUUUUUUAAAAGAGGUGAUUUAAAAGCUACAUUCCAUGUGUUCUGUCAGAGUUGUAAUUCACUUAUUAAUUUGGAAAAUUAUCAUUUCUGAGAUCUUCUGAUGCCAUCCCCGAAGUCUGAAUUAUUCUGUUCAUGAGGUAGGUGUGUGCUCAAGGACAGAUAACUGCCUUGGAUGGGGAAGAAAAGUAAUCCUGUUUCCCCUGAAAAUAGGGAAGGGGACAGAUUAGAGAGGAGGAGGGAGAGAGGAACAGAAAGAAACAUGUCCUUUUAACAAUAAGUCUCAGUGGCAGAGCAACAAGGGCUAUAUUCAAAGUCUAUUUUUAAAAAUAAAACAUUUAUACCGAAAUGACUUUUCUUCUCAAGCUAGUUUGGUUCACUACUUGAAUUUUUCUUUUAAAAAAUCAUGUGAUUUUUCUAACCCAUACACUGUAAGUUUUAUAAAUGAAAAAACAGGGAGUGAGUGGUGGUUACCAUGGUGACCACAAUAUCUGAUUUGAGUAGCAACAGACAGGGCAGAGAAACAGUGCCAUAUUAAAAAGAAUCACAACAAAGAUCAAUAGUUGAGAGGGGAAAUUAAAAUGUCUGGGCUCUUCUUAUCAGGUGAUCAAUCAGUACAUGAAUAGCAAUUCUGCACCUUGACUUCAGAAAAUGCACAUCCCAUGCAGGUCAAAACAAGAAUCUUUUAGCAUACUUGGAAAUUAAUUUCAGGAAGGAAUGAAAAACCAUCCUGAUUUCCAAAUUUUAGAUAUUUAUACUGAAAUACCAAGAAAAAUAAUGAGCAACAAGCAUUAGAAUUCUAAUGAUUUAACUAGUUCAAAAAAAUGAAGAGAGAUUAAUAUCUCAGAUUAAGGGAAUCUAGUUGUUAAACCUGGUUUUGCCACACACAAAAAAAGGGAAAUUAGUGAAGUUCUGCUUCCCCAAACCUUCCCUUUCUGAUUAGUCUCACUACCUAAGGGUGGAUUUAAGCAGGCAUUUCCUGGCCUUGGAGAGCCAGCAGAUUCCAGCCUCCCAGUCCACUACCUUGUGAAUAACUUUGUUUACUCUCUUCUACAUUUUAAAAGAGGAUACCAGACUAACAGGUCAGUGUUGGAAUUUCAAACACCAGCUAGCUGGGAGGUGGGAUGAUUUGGGUAUCAAAAGUCCUGAGGAUUCCCUUCACCAGGCUCCUCUGGCCAGCUUCCACCUCCUCUUGCCUCUUAAAGGCCUUUUUAACUGAGAAAGGAAGAACAGAGGUGAGUGAAUAGUCAACAUGGGCAAAGUGGUUUGUUACUGCUUUUAGAAGGGCAAAUGGAGAAAGUAAUUCCAUUCCUGAAAUUGGCCCUUUGUGUUGUUGCAAAGCAUCUCAAACUAGCUCUGCCACUACACUAGAUUGGGAAGGCGGCCCCACCUGCUUUACUCCUAAGGCUUUGGCUGCCACUCAAGAGCGUCAGGUGCUAGCCAGGCGGGGUUCAUAUGCCUGUACAGAUCCACUAGGAGAGAGACAGAGCUGAAUUUGGGGAGCAGCUGCCUGCUAUGCUGAAAACCUCUGGAAACUGGCUGAGGCGCUGUGAUUACGCUCGAUUUGAGGCCAAAAUCCAUGACCUACGGGAGCAGAUGAUGAACCACAGCAUGAGCUCCGGGUCUGGGUCCCUGCGAACCAAUCAGAAACGCUCCCUCUAUGUCAGAGCCAUGUUUGACUAUGACAAGAGCAAGGACAGUGGGCUGCCAAGUCAAGGACUUAGCUUUAAAUAUGGAGAUAUUCUCCAUGUUAUCAAUGCCUCUGAUGAUGAGUGGUGGCAAGCCAGAAGAGUCACUCUGGAGGGAGACAGCGAGGAGAUGGGCGUCAUCCCUAGCAAACGGAGGGUGGAAAGAAAAGAACGUGCCCGAUUGAAGACAGUGAAGUUUAAUGCAAAACCUGGAGUGAUUGACUCAAAAGGGUCAUUCAAUGACAAGCGUAAAAAGAGCUUCAUCUUUUCACGAAAAUUCCCAUUCUACAAGAACAAGGAGCAGAGUGAGCAGGAAACCAGUGAUCCUGAACAACAUGUUUCUUCUAAUGCCAGCGAUAGCGAAAGUAGCUACCGAGGGCAAGAAGACCUCAUUCUUUCCUAUGAGCCUGUCACAAGGCAGGAAAUAAACUAUACCCGGCCAGUGAUUAUCCUGGGCCCCAUGAAGGAUCGAAUCAAUGACGACUUGAUAUCUGAAUUUCCUGAUAAAUUUGGCUCCUGUGUGCCUCAUACUACAAGGCCGAAGCGUGACUAUGAAGUGGAUGGGAGAGACUAUCACUUUGUCAUUUCCAGAGAACAAAUGGAGAAAGAUAUUCAAGAGCACAAAUUUAUAGAAGCUGGCCAGUACAAUGACAAUUUAUAUGGAACCAGUGUGCAGUCUGUGAGAUUUGUAGCAGAAAGGGGCAAACACUGUAUCCUUGACGUAUCAGGAAAUGCUAUCAAGCGAUUACAAGUUGCCCAGCUCUAUCCUAUUGCCAUCUUCAUAAAGCCCAAGUCUCUGGAACCUCUAAUGGAGAUGAAUAAGCGUCUGACAGAGGAGCAAGCCAAGAAAACCUAUGAUCGAGCAAUUAAGCUAGAACAAGAAUUUGGAGAAUAUUUUACAGCUAUUGUCCAAGGAGACACCUUAGAAGAUAUAUAUAACCAAUGCAAGCUUGUAAUUGAAGAGCAAUCUGGGCCUUUCAUCUGGAUUCCCUCAAAGGAAAAGUUAUAAAUUAGCUACUGCGCCUCUGAUGACAGAAGAGCAUUUAGAAGAACAAAAUAUAUAUAAUAUACUACUUGGAGGCUUUUAUGUUUUUGUUGCAUUUAUGUUUUUGCAGUCAAUGUGAAUUCUUAUGAAUGUACAACACAAACUGUGUGAAGCCAUGAAGGAAACGGAGGGGCCAAAGGGUGGGACAGAAAGGACACUGCAGAAUGCAGGAAGGCUUUGGUUUGCUCAAAGUACCAGGUGUAGGGAUGAACCUCUGACAGGCUUUCUGCCCAAGAGAUGGGCAGCCUCCUCACCCCAGCAGAUGUCCAGAGCUGAUUUAGCUGCUGAGCUCUUUGUGUUUUUUUGCUUUAAAGAAAAGUUGCCAGCACUUGAACCUCACCAAUCUUCCCAUUUCCCACAUCUGUAAUUGGUAUUCUUCGAGUUUUAUAACUAUGCACAUCCUUUGAUUUCUUAACAAGCAAAGGAAAUAAAGAAGGAAUAAAAGAAAGGAGUCCCUCUGGAGACGACAUACUAUCAGGGAAGGAUAAUUGUAUAGUUUUCUUGACUGGCAUCUGCAAAGACAAGCAUUUCAUAAAAUUCACAAGUGUAUGGAGGACUAACCUUAUGAGAGGAGGGGAUUCCACCUGGGAUUAGCUUUAUGAUUGUUGAUUGUCUAUUUUGCCAUUUAUAAACUGAAAGAAGGCACUACAGAUGAGAAUAAUUUAUACAAUAAAAUAUAUUAAA